AUGGACUACCUACUUACACUACCCUCGGUGAGAGAUAGGUCGACAGCCGUGUUCAACCAGGCCAAGGUCGACAAGCUCACCAACUUCACCGCGGACUUUGAAAAGCUACCUGCCGUGGCAGAGUACGUCCAUAAACUCAUUGAACGAGACUACCAGUCGGACGCCUCCAGAAUCCCCCCUCACGGACGAUGGCAACACUUUGACGUGGGUCACAAACGCCUGGAGCCCCUCAUUGAGUCCUGGGAGAAAAAAGGAGUCUCCAAGGACGAGGUUGCAGCUAGACUGGUCGAUCUGUUUGUGGUGUCUGUGCUUCUGGAUGCCGGAGCAGGGCCCACCUGGAAGUACACAGAAGGCUCCGGAGAGCAGACAGGGCGAUCCGAGGGAAUCGCAAUUGCCUCCCUCGACAUGUUCGCCGCGGGAAUCUUUGGUGAUCCCGAUAUUGUGACGGGUCCCGGCCUAGAAAGGCUCACCCUCAGCCAGCUCAGUGAUGGCUUCCAAGUAAGCAAGACGAACCCGAUGGACGGCCUUGAGGGACGGUACAAUCUGCUCGUCCGGCUAGGAAAGGCUCUCAUCGCUUCUCCUGAGCUCUUUGGACCCUCUGCUCGCCCAGGUCAUCUCAUCACUUACCUCAAGAGCACAGAAGAGCCCAUCGAGAUAGCAACUCUCUGGGAGGCGCUGAUGAAGGGCCUGGGUCCCAUUUGGCCUGCGGGACGACUCAAGAUAAACGGUAAGGCUCUGGGAGACGCUUGGGUAUGUUCCUCUCUCCCCAACCCUUCAGGAGACGAAGCUGGAUCUGUCACGCCUUUCCACAAACUCACCCAGUGGCUGACGUACUCCAUUCUGGUCCCCAUGAAGGAGUAUGGAGGCCUCAAGUUUGUGGGAGAAGAGCAACUUACUGGUCUACCCGAGUACCGAAACGGAGGUCUUCUGGUCGAUUUCGGGGUUCUGACUCUCAAGCCUGAGGCACUGAAACAAUCGCUUAGUGGUGCCAAUGACCUUCCCAAGUUUGAGCCCUCCUCUGACGUGAUUGUCGAGUGGAGAGCUCUUACCGUUGGCUUCCUGGAUGCCCUUCUUCCCAUGGUCAAUGCUAUGCUGGAAACGCCUCUUGUGUUGCCCCAACUUUUGGAGGCUGGCACUUGGAAGGCUGGUCGUGAAAUUGCCAAGGAAAAGCGAUCCAACGGCGGGCCUCCUAUUGAGAUUCAGAGCGAUGGCACUGUGUUCUAA